AUGACCACAUUCGAUAUCCAGGUUGUCUCCGACACCGUUUGUCCAUGGUGUUAUGUGGGCAAGAAAAAACUGGACGGGGCAAUCAAGGCCUACAAAGAAUCGCAUCCAGAUUCGAACGACACUUUUUCCAUAACUUGGAAGCCAUUCUAUCUCAAUCCUGGCGCCCCCAAAAUAGGUGUCGAUAAGAUAGCAUAUUAUAAUUCCAGAUUCGGAGAAGAGCGCGCUGCCAUGAUGUUCGACCGCCUCUCGCAAGUUGGCACGGACGUUGGAAUUAACUUUAAAUUUGGUGGCAAAGCUGGCAAUACUCGUGACAGUCACAGAUUGAUCAGCCUUGGGCAGUCCAAGUCUCCCGCUGUCCAGACCAGAGUAGUGGAGGAGCUAUUCUCAGCAUACUUUGAAAAUGAGGGCGAUAUCACAAGUCAUCAAGUGCUUCGUGACGCUGGCGUCAAAGCGGGGUUGGACGAGAAAGAAGUAAAGGAAUGGUUGGAGAGUGACAAGGGAGGACCAGAGGUGGAUCAUGAGGUUGAGCAAGCCAAGAGGAACCAGAUCAGCGGAGUUCCAAACUUUACCAUCCAGCGGAAGUACGAGGUUGGUGGAGCCCAAGAACCGGAGGUGUUUCUGCGGCUGUUUGAGAAGAUUAAGGCUACGGAGGAUUGUGCUAAGGCUUAG